ACACCACCGACACAGACACCCCAGCCCGGCCCUUUGCACACACACCACUGGUACUGUUCUCACUGAAGCAGUAGAGGACAAACAGAUCAGGCUGAGACUGAACUUGACUGGACCCACACCUCCAGAAAGACUCCACUCUGACCGGAAACCUAUCCCAGAAAGAUCCCACCCUGAUCGGACUCGUACGGCACGCAUAGCCCCAUCUACCUGGAGCCCAGCCCAGAGGCCAACCUCUUCAGCAAUGAACAGUUUUGGUUACCGUCGGGAGUUGAGUAAGUAUGAGGAUGUGGAUGAGGAUGAACUACUGGCUUCUCUCAGCCCAGAGGAGCUAGCAGAGCUGGAGAUGGAGCUGGCAGACAUAGACCCUGAUGCCAACGUGCCCAUCGGCCUGAGACAGAGAGACCAGACGGAGAAGACCCCCACUGGCACCUUCAGUAGAGACUCUCUGUUGAAGUACUGGGAGAAGGAGACCAAGAGGAUACUGGAGGAUGAGAGAGGGGAAGCCAGCAGCCCCAAACAGGAUGACGAUGAUGAUGCCGAAAAGAGUGAGGAAGAAUGCGUGACAGAAAGCAACAGCGAAGCAGAGGAGAAGGAUGACGAGAACAAGAAAGAAAAUGAAGAUUAUGAAAAGGAAGAGGAGGAAGAAGAAGAGGAGGAGGAGAGUGAGGAAGAGGAAGCUGAAACAGAGGAUGAGGAGGAUGAAGAGGAUGAUAAAGAGGAGCCAGAAGAGAAGAGGCCUAAAGCAGCGACCCCAAAGGAUUCUGGUCCUCCAUCACCGCUGUCAGUCGUCAUCUCCUCCCCUAGCCUCCUGAGACCCCCAAGGGUGGAGCCUAUGAGACUAACCCCGCCCCCACCUCCACUUGACCCCAACGCCGACGGUAACCCAAUAGUUGUAGACGAGGCCCUGGAAAGAGUCCUUAAUAACGACCCUGAGCUCAAAGAGAUCAACCUCAACAACAUCGAGGACAUCUCACAGGACACUCUAAUCCAGUUUGCUGAGGCACUGCGCUCCAACACACAUGUGCGUGUCUUUAGCCUGGCCAACACGCAUGCUGACGACCCCGUGGCGCUGGCCAUUGCCAAGACGCUGUGCGAAAACACCUCCAUCAUCAGCCUGAACAUCGAGUCCAACUAUGUGACAGGGAAAGGGGUUCUGGCCAUGGUCCAGGCUCUGCCUAGCAAUAGCACCCUGACUGAGCUACGCUUCCAUAACCAGAGACACAUGUGUGGAGGACAGGUGGAGAUGGAGAUGGUGAAGGUUCUAAGGGAGAACCACACCCUGAUCAAGCUGGGUUACCAGUUCCACCUGCCAGGCCCCCGGAUGAGCAUGACAGGCAUCCUGACCCGUAACAUGGACCGUCAGAGACAGAAACGCCUGCAGGACCAGAGACAGAACCAGCAGGCGGGGCCAGAGGGGGCCGUUAACCCCCGUACGACCGCUCUGUUGAAGGCCACUCCGGGUUCUUCGCCCUAUGGUUCCCCUCAGGUGUCUCCUUGGCAAUCCCCCAAACUCCCCAAGAAACAGACCCCUCCUGCUCCCCCGCCACCUCCUCCACCUCCUCCCCCACCCCCUCCACUGCCCUGCCAGCCCCCGGCAGAGAAGAAGAAGCCGACUAGGAAGAUAGCGGAGGUGAUCCGGCUCCACGAGGAGGUCGUUAAGAAGCGAGGGAAAGGGAAGGGGAAGAAGGGGAAGAAAGGAUUGAAAGAGACCAACAGUAUCUUGAAGGAGCUGAAGAACGCUCUGCGGCCAGUGGCAGAGAACAGAGAACAGGAGUACAGCAGGCCACCCACUCCACUGCGCUCCUCACACGACCAGCUCAUGGACUCCAUCCGCAACGCUACUGUUCGCUCCCUCAGAAAGGUGGAAGUUCCACAGAGGAAGUUUGUCUUUGUCCCUGAUGAAGAGACUAGCUGAUCUGAAGACACAGGGAACACCCUGAGACUACUGAGGACACAUAAACAAUACAUUCAGAUUGAACUGGAAAUUCCUCAGAGAGGAUACUGGAUAUUAACACUGUAAUAGCACCUUUACUUUUGGAGAGAAAAAAAAAAUAUAUGAAAUUCAUGUUAUUUUAAAUGUAUUUACGGUGUAUGCUUUGCAGAAAGGCAUUUGGUUGUCUACAUUUUUGUGAUGAUUCAUGUGUAAAUUGUUGUCUAAAUCGUUUACUGAGGUAACCUUUUUUUUUGUAUAAUUGUAAAUAUUGUAUUUGGUGUGUGAGGAAUAUACUGUAUGAAUUGAACAUGAAGAUAAAAGUAACAACACAA